AUGGGUGAGGAGGGGGUUAAGGAAGAAAUACAGGAGGAGAGUGACAGCCCAAGGAAGAGGGGAGAAAAGAAAGGAAGAGAGUGCAGCCCCAAAGUCAAGACGGAAGAUGGGAUUGAGGAACAGGGUAAAAGGAAAAGUGAGGAGGAAGAGGAGUCAUGGGGGAGUGAGGAGAUUUGGAGAAAGGGGAGUGAUGGGGGCAAGCGCCAGGAGUCGCCGCUGUUCCGCCUGGACCUGGACAACUUCGACAGCUCGGAGGCGGAGGGCAGCCGCUAUGUGCUGACCAGCCCCCGCUCGCUGGAAGCCUGCGCCCGCUGCGGGGUCAGGCCGGUCGAGCUGCUCCAUAGGAACGUCAACGACUUCGCCCGGGAGGCUCCAGGCCGCUCCAUGAGGGUGGCCAGCGGCCUGUACGAGGUCUUCGAGAGGGACAGGCGGAGGAAGCUGAGGGACUGCAGGCAGGAGAGGGAGAAGAUCAUCCGGGAGGAGGAGGAGAGGAGGAGGAGGAGGAGGACAGGAGUGGUCAGGAACAGCCUCCCCCCUUCUCCAUCCUCCAGCAGGGCCCAGAAAAGCCAACCCUUGGACCUGAGCAGGAGUCAGUCCGUGGACCAGCUGCAGAAGAAGCCGGGCAGCCGCUCCACGGUGACCUCCUCGGAUUCAGGAGCCUCCUCGUCCUCCUUCAGUGGCGACGCCGCCAAGGAUGGGCACAGCUGGCUGCUUAGGGCGAGCCCCAGGGGCAAGGCACUUGGUGCCAGCCUAGGCAAGAGCUUGAGCCUGGGCGACCUGUGCCAGUCCCCUCAGACCGCUCAGAAGGUGGCCCGGAUCGUCCGGGAGGUCAAGCAGAAGGGGCACGUCGAGGUGUCUGACCGGGACAGGAAGAUUGCCGCCCUCAUGCUGGCCAGGCGCCAGGAGGAGGCGCUGAUGAGCGGCCGGAGCCACCGGACUCACGUGGAGUGGGAGGCGCGCCGGAGUAGGGAGGCAGCGAGGAGGGAGGCGGAGGAGCGCGGGAGGCAGAGAGCGCUGCUGCAGUGCCGGAGGAUGUGGGAGCGCACGCUGGAGGCGCGCCGCUCGAAGCUGAGCCAGGAGCAGGAGGAGGCGGCUAGGCACCGGCAGCAGCAGUCCUUCCUGCAGGAGGAGAAGUGGAGGCUGCUGGCGGGCAGCCAGGAGCGGCAGAGGAGAGGCAAGCGGGAGCAUGCCAAGCUCGAGGCGCUGGGGAAGAAGAUGCAGCAGGAAGAGCACCUGAGGGCCAGGGAGCUGGAAGAGCAAUCGGACCUCAAGCUGAGGGACCAGCUCUUGCACCAGAAGUUGAGCCUGGCCCAGCAGAAGAAAGUGGAGAUGGACGAGAAGCAGGCCAAGGAGAAGAAGCUGGCCAACGUGGUGGAGAGGCUGAAGCACGAGGCUGCCCUGAAGGAGAUCUCCAAGGAAAUGGAGAUGGAGAAGAAGGUGUUGAGGAUGUCUCUGGAGCAGAAGCUGGCCCGGUCUCAGGAGAACUACGAACAGCUGAUGGAGAAGCGAAAUCGGGAGUUGAAGGAGAGGGCAACGAGGGAGGAAUUGCAGAUCCGGCGGGCGAGGACAGCCGCCGAGCAGCACGAGAAGGAGCACCAGGAACACCUGGAAGCCUUGGCUCGGGCUGCGGAGAGGAAGCUCCAGCACGCAACGCAGGUCGCCCAGGAAAAGAUCAACCAGAUAUCCCGCAGGGCUGGCGAGAGCCGGGUGGAGAGAGAGAGGAUCCACCGGCUCAACAAAAUGAAACUGCAGGAAGACGAGGAGUGCAAGCGAAGGGAGAUCCAGGACUCCAUCACAAAAAAACUGGAGAAAAGCGAGCGCAUCUUCAGGGAAAGGCAGAUUUCUCUGGAGAACUCACGAUCCUUGGCCAGGGCCUCCUUCCAAAUCCGAGAUAAGGUGCGCUCGGAAAUAAACACGAGGACUUUCGAUAAGAUGGCCCUUGAGGCAGAACUGCAUGCCCACCUGGACAAAAAGUAGGUCGGGCGAGUUCCCUCUCUGAACCUCUGUGCUAAUCUUCGG